AGGUUCUGGAUCGUUCGUGACUAUUCACUCUCACUUUUUCUGCGAAGAAAAACAUCUUUUGAUCACAGUUAGUCAGUCAAAAAUUCUUGGUGUAAUUCCUUACAUUGAUCCAAAAAGGUUCGAUAAAAGAAGAAAAAGCGACAAUACACCACAACCAUACACACUAAAUGUAAAAAGUGAUGUUUACA